CACUGUCAACAACUACAUAUAUUUUUUUAAAUAUUAGAUUUGAUACUUGAUUCUGGAUAAAUAAUGAAUAAUCGAUAAUAUAAUGGAAAGCGAACCAGUAAACGAAGAGAACAAUUGCGAAGAUUUAUGCCUCGAAAGCGUUAUCAUGAAAGAGGAACCGCAUGAUAUUUGCAAUAAUGAUGAUAUGUGCAAUAAUGAUGAUGAUAUGUAUUUGGUGGAUGUCAACUACAUAAAAGAAAAAUAUGAUUUGAAAGUAAAAAAAGAAAAAACAGAUUGUGACGAUUCACCAUUAAACACUGAUACUGACAAUUUUGAAGAUUCCAAACAUGAAACUCUCAUGGAAGAAAGAAGUGAGAAGCCCUCAGAAAUUAGCUGCGAAAAGCAAAAUGAGUCUCAACAAGAUGAUAUUCAAGAUUUUCGAUUACGACCCUUCUCCUGUUUUGAAAACGAUGACUUUGUGGAACCUGUUGCGAUUCAAGAAGACGAAAACCGAUUACAGUGUAAAUUCUGUUCGAAGUGCUUCAAACGUAAAGAUUAUUUAAGGGUUCACGAGAAGAAUCACAGAGGAGAAGGGGAUUUCCAUUGUACAAUAUGUUCAAAGUCCUUCAUUCACGAAAGUAAGCUGAAAGCGCAUGAGAAGACUCAUUCGGGAGAAUCGACAUUUCACUGCAGAACUUGUUCGAAGUCUUUCAGAUACAAGUGUAAUUUAAGAGUACAUGAAAAGAUCCACAACAGCGAACAACUGAUUUACUGCAAAUUCUGCUCAAAGUCUUUCACGCAGCUGUGUUCUUUAAGAGCUCACGAGAGAAUCCAUACUGGUGAGAAACCCUACGUCUGCAAAAUCUGUGAAAAAUCGUUUAAUCAAAUGAGCAUCUUGAGACGGCAUGAACGGGUUCAUACAGGGGAAAAACCUUUCAAGUGCGAGACUUGUUCAAAAUCUUUCAACAGGUUACACAACUUGAAAAGUCAUAAUCUGAUACAUUCAGGACAUAAACCGUUUCAGUGCAAAGUUUGUUUAAAGUCUUUCAAUCAGAGCAGUACGAUGAGGCGCCACGAAAAUAUUCACAUGAUAGAAAUACCAUUUCAGCAAGAAAUCAAAUGAAAGUCAAAAUAUUAUGGAGUCUUCCAGAAAUCAAGCAGUCAACCUUGAAAAUAUUGACAAAUACUCCUGCUUCAGUCGUUGCUGAAGAAUCUAUAAAGAAGAAAACUGUUGAGUUAUAAAUCGUGUUUGAAAUCCUUCAAUUAAAUAAAAAAUAUAAAUAAUGUGAGAUUCCUAUAGUAGGAAACACUCU